UGUGUCAAAGAUUCAACAAUGAAAUUAACAAACGUCUUGUUUUUAUAAUUUUUCAGCUUUUUUUAAGUAAUGCGAUACAAAGUAUAAGGGCAUAAUAGCAACCAUAAACAUAAUGUCAAAAAGCAAUCAUGAUUCCGACGUUCCAGGCAGUUUGAUGCCUUUGAUACAAGCUCUAAUAAGACCUCCUGAUGAAGAAAAGGCGAAGAAGACAACAUCACACCCUUACUAUAAGCGCUAUGGAAAAGCUCAUAAUCGCAAUGCUUGUGAUGCCUGCAAAGAAGGUGGUGCCUUAAUUUGUUGUGACCAAUGCCCAUCUAGUUUUCACCUUACUUGCCAUGAUCCCCCAUUAGAAGAAUCUGAUAUACCAGAUGGUCAAUGGCUUUGUCAUAAAUGUAAACAACUUAAAAAAGAAUCAAAUAUGACAAAUUCAGGAACAUUGAAAACUUUAACAACAACUUCAGCUAAUGCCAGUAAUAAAGUGUCACCACCUCCAGAUUCACAAAAAAAUCGUUCUCGCUCAUUAUCUCCAACACUAAAUCAAGGUAGGGAUGAUAUGAAGAAAAAAAUUGAAGAUGAUCUCAAAGUUAUAAAUGCAGCUGUUGCACCCUUGUUGGGUAAACCAGAGAACGAAAAACAAAAAAAUAAUGAUCUAGCUGAUUCAGAAGCUGAUGUGAUUAUGAAACCGCCAUCGACAGUUAAUAAAGAUAAACCAACUGAAAAAAAACGGCAUUCUCUAAUGGAUGAAUUAAUAAAAGCAGCAAGUUUGUUAAAUCCAAGACAAUUUGAACUACCAAGAGAAUUAACUGUGCCAAUACAGUUUCCGGGAAUGGAUAAAGUUGAAGCUAGGAAUGGUAGAAGAUGUGGACGACCAGCUCGUAAGCCUCAUGAAUUGGAUCCCUCAGGAGUUGUAGCUUUGCCAGUUAGAACUUGCUAUGAGUGUGGAAAAUCUUGUAGAAAGGCUCCAUUGCUAGCUUGUGACUAUUGUCCUUUAUAUUUUCAUCAGGAUUGUUUGGAUCCACCUAUGACAGCAAUUCCUUCUGGAAUUUGGAUGUGUCCUAAUCAUCCAGAACAAUUGAUUGAUUGGAAAUUAGUAUCAUCAACUUCAGCUACAGAACGUUUACGUUUAUGGAAUAAGUAUUCUGGUCCUGUGGAUCAACAUACAGUAAAGACUGAUUUUCUCAGGAGAAUUUAUACAGAGAAUGGUCCUUUCCGUACUAGAAUAAAAACUAAAUUAAUAAACGAUCCAUCUAGGAUACGCAUCCCAGAAAUGAUAAAAUAUCACUAUAAAAAUAGGCCUCACUUGCAACCAAGUAUACGUGAUAUUCGAAGAUUUGAGUUAUUGUAUAAUAGUGGCUUUAGCCACGAACCUUUAGUAUUUAGAAAAACAGAUGAAAUUCAAAUAAGAAAAUUAAUAGAAAAGUCAUUGAAUAACUCAAAACAAAGGUCAGAUAUAGAAAAGGAUUUAGAACAAAAUAAUUCUGAAAAUAGAGUGCAAGUGGAUGAUAUAGGUGAGAAUAAAACUAUCACAGGGGAAAAUGAAAUUUUAGUUGAAAAUAACUUUGAAAAACAAGAUAUGGGUUCUGAUCAGAAUCAUGGGCAGGCGGCUAUAGGAAUAAAACGAACGGUUAUUGAUACUGUAAAUCCAGAACCACCAAAUAAAAGAAAUAAACUAAGUGAUUGUGAUUGGAAAGAUAUGACAAAUCUUAUAUUGAAUGAUAUAAAAAGUGCUUCCAUUAAUGUUAACCUAAAUAUGAAUGAAUUAAAUGAAGAUGUUAUAAAGUUAUUAGCUUACCAGAGAUUGAAUCAUUUGAUAGCAGAACAUGUAUAUCCUAAACAAAAUUUACAUAAAAAUGUAACUUUACCAAGUGAACUUCUAACUGCUGCUGACAUUGAGAGAAUAUCGAAAGAUUUUAGUAGUCCGCAGAAAGUAUACAGAGGCAAUAUUUCUAACAAUAGAUAUAAUGAAAAUCAGCAAAAAAAUAAUGAAGAACGAAAUGUUGGUAUGACAACUUCGAGUAACAAUCCCCCAGUUAAAACAACUUUGAAUUCUGCUUCACGUGUAACACCUGAGAAGGAAACGGACAUUAAUAUUGGUGUGAGAGCUGUUUUGAAAUAUGUUAAAGAUAUUUUCAAUGGUUCUAAAUGGUUUACUGAUUCCAAUACUUUGGAUGAAAAAUGUGUGAAGAUGAGGUAUCGCAGUUUAACUAUUGGUUCAGGUCCUGGUAACGAUGUGCAACUAUCCACAUUUGGUUACUGCAAUAAUAUUUCAACCAGACAUGCUGUUAUAUUCUACGAUGAGGUAUCUCGACAUUUUGAGCUUCUAAAUUAUUCUGAGCAUGGAACUGAGGUGAAUGGUCAGUUGUUUUCAUGUGACCUAACUGAACAUAAUGACGAUGACUCUGAUGUUACUGAUACAAGUCAAAAACAAAUAUUGGAAAUUGCUGGUCUUCUUAACAGAACCGGAAAAGAAGUGAACUGUGAUAAACAGAAAUGCUUACCUUCGGCGAGGCCUACUUUAUGCGGGUGCUCUGCCAAAGCACCUUUAUCAGCAGGAUGGGAAGGAACUGCAUUAGUACCACAUGGAUCUAUACUGAAAUUCGGUUGUUUGCCAUUUAUUUUUGCAAUAGUUUAGUAAGUCUAUAACAUAAAAUUGCAUCUAUAUGAAAUUAAUAUUAUUUAAAUUAUUUAAUUCAGCCAGUCAAAUUAUCAACCAUCUCUAAUAAAAAUUUCCUUUAUUGAAAAAUGUAACUUUACAAGUAUAUACACAAUAGUAUUUUUACAAAUAAAUUGUAAGUAUUGAAAUCUAUGUUAACUUAUUAAUGCCUUAGAUAAUUCUGGCAAGUUGUUUAUAAGGGUAAUGCCUAGUUUGUAUCAUUUCUUUUUAUUAGGUAUUCUAAACAGUGGUGAUAUACAGCCAGAAAUAACAGUAUUUCAGCCCCAAUAAUUCUAUCUUUAUCAGACUUAUAUUCAUUACAUAGGUCAUAAACAAAAUUAAUAACUAAGCACUGGUUUAAUUGUUUGUAAAGGAUCAUAGGUUUUCUUAUGUAGAUUUGUAAACAUCAUUAUAAAAUCACAUUGGACUAAAAACAAAGUGCGGUUGAGUAUCAUCUUGAUUUUAUGAAGUAAGAUAUGUCAAUUUCGCCUUAUCACAGUCAUAGAUCUAAAUGAUUAUUGAUAAAGUCAAGUAUCUUCAA